UUUUUCUCCAAUACCCAUGUUUUUGUUUUUGAAUUUGAUCAUGCCCUCCCUCAGAAUUCAAUCCACACCCCUUCUUGAUCACCAAAAAGACCCUUCCUUUACUUUUCUUGAUUUUGUUUUUUCAUGAGAAACUGCGCUACAGUCACGAAUCGGGUUCGUCUUUAGCCUACUCCAACUAGUUUGGGACGGAAAAAACUUGUCGUUUUUCGCAAUGGGUAUUUCUUGUUUCAACCCUUUUAGAUUCAAGAAAAAGGAGAAACCCAUUCCAUACCCAUCUUCUUCAUCAAAAUCCCCAUGGAAAACUGAGAUGGAGAACAUGGAGAGAAAAAGAUUUGACAGUCUUGAAUCAUGGUCAAUGAUUUUGGACUCAGAAAAUGUGGAGACAUGGGAAGUGGCUAAGGAAGAUCAAGAAGAAUGGACGGCUGAUCUUUCACAGCUUUUCAUUGGGAAUAAAUUUGCAUCUGGUGCACAUAGCAGGAUUUAUAGAGGGAUUUACAAGCAAAGGGCUGUGGCUGUGAAAAUGGUGAGGAUCCCAACUCAUAAAGAAGAGACAAGAGUCAUGCUUGAACAACAGUUCAAAUCAGAAGUUGCUUUGCUUUCAAGACUCUAUCAUCCCAACAUAGUUCAGUUCAUUGCGGCUUGUAAAAAGCCUCCCGUAUAUUGUAUCAUAACGGAGUACAUGUCGCAAGGAACCCUGAGGAUGUACUUAAACAAGAAAGAACCAUACUCGCUCUCAACCGAGACGGUUUUGAGGCUUGCCCUAGACAUAUCGCGGGGAAUGGAAUACCUUCAUUCUCAAGGGGUGGUUCAUAGAGACCUAAAAUCCAAUAACUUGCUCCUCAACGACGAAAUGAGGGUUAAGGUGGCCGAUUUUGGGACCUCUUGUCUUGAAACGCAAACGCAAGAAUCAAAAGGAAAUAUGGGGACUUAUCGUUGGAUGGCUCCUGAGAUGGUGAAGGAGAAACCUUAUACUCGGAAAGUGGAUGUGUACAGUUUUGGGAUCGUGUUAUGGGAGCUUACGACAGCGUUGCUCCCUUUUCAAGGGAUGACUCCAGUACAAGCCGCAUUUGCCGUAGCGGAAAAGAACGAACGACCACCGCUCCCUGCAAGUUGCCAACCGGCCCUUGCGCACUUGAUCAAGCGAUGUUGGACAGCAGAACCUUCAAAGCGACCUGAUUUCACGGAGAUUGUCGCGGCUUUGGAGAAAUACGACGAAUGUGUAAGGGAAGGCCUCCCGCUCACUCUUCACUCAGGACUUAUAAGCAAAAACUUGAUACUUGAUCGUUUGAAAUGUUGUGUGGCAAUGAACUCUAAUUCAAUACCUGUACAUGCCUAAAUCAUUAAAAA